AAGAACCAAGCAAUUACAGAGACAAUAACGUCUGGGUAUAUUUCUAAAAGUAGAUUACGUCAAUGAUACAAAUGAGAUAGUACACUCCAUUUAGUUCGCAUUCCGGUUAAUUAAUAAUCUCUUUUUCUGUUUUUAUUUCAUUUAUACACCUGUAACUGGCUUCAUUAACCACGACACGCCUUUUAUGUAUAUAAGCAGUUCGUCAAAUGAAAUUAAUCAGUUCUUUAUUAAGAAAGAUAUUGCGUUUGUGGAACUGUUCUUUAAAAAGAUGAAGCUCUUCAUUGUUUUAGCCGUGUUGAUGGUCGGUACGCUUUGCAAAGGCGAUUAUGCUUACGAAGCGGGGUAUCGUGCAGGUUACGCGGAUGCACAGGCACGUACCGAAGAUGCUCCUGAACGUUACGCCAAUGCUCCUGAACUGUACGCGGAUGUUCCAGCUAACAACCGUGCCCCUGGACAACAUGAUUAUGAAGCCUUCAGCAACCCGUCUAGAACAUGUUACAAAAGCUGGAAAGACUGUAGUGGAUGCCGUGGUUACUUAUCUAGCUGUUGUUCAAGCAAGAACUGUAGCGGCGGACGACAAUGCAAAGCGGGCAGAAGCUUAUACAGUUGUGUUUGAAUAAAAAUCCUUUUUAUGAGAAUAAAAGAUACAGUUGAAGCUUUCAUAAGUUGUUUUCAUUUAAAUGAACUCGUAACAUGAACUAAUCCGUGUAACUAGCAGUACAAUUGCGAAAUACAGACUUAAUUUUUGACGUAGAUAUAUUCUUAGUCGCCUAGAAAUCGAUUUUUCAGCUUCAGAAUUUCGUAUGCCUUCCUAAAAGCAGUCGUAGUUUUAAUCGUGGUGCGAAAUUUCAAUUACAAAUGAAUUUUUGGGACCAGGAAGAGUAGUGACAAACUGAAAUUACUUACGACAUGACUCAUGAUUAAACUUUUGUCUAUAUAAAAAACAUAAACUCGUAACCUUCUUUUUUAGUCAAAUUUAUUUUCCAGAAGUAAUAAAAAGAACAUUUUACAAGCAUUUUUAACCAAUGAUUUUUAUUAGUUUGAAAAAUAUGUUUGAGGCCAAUAAAAAAGUUGAAGAAAUCAUUUUUUUGAAAAACAGAAAAGUUGUAAAAAACUUCCCAUAUUGUGAAAAAUAAAAUCAUCCAUUCUUUUCACAGACACAGAAAUAGAAUCGUGUAACCAGUGGUAAAUCUACUUAUCUAAUGAGUAAGUAGUUAUAUACUUAAAUUUACUAACAAGAUCCUUUAAGUAAAUUUUAAAAACAUAAAAAAUAUGAUGUUUGUGUAUAUUCUUAAACUUAAUCUAUCGCGCUCUUUUAAAAUUAAACAUGUGUCAAGGUCUACACUUCGCCAUUGUACAAAUAAUCUGAGGAUGUUAAUAGUCUUUUGGUAUCGAAAUAUCUCUGUUUAGCACUCACAUUACCUCGAAAAAUUAUUAUCUCAAUAACUCUUGUUCAUAUGGGUCGGGUUUUAUCAAUUCUUAUAAAAGAGACGUGCUAGACAUUUCGCUUGGCUCGGUAUCACUGACUGUGACGGAUCACUUUAAGCGAGAUGUUUUUCUUAUAUAAUAAUACGAAGUGUAUGUGACGGUCGUAGUGGAUGUGUUCAUUUUCUUUUGAAGCCGCCGAAGUUUUCUUUGAAGUGCCUGAAAAAAAUAUGUCUGAAAUGCUAAAUUUUAUGACGUUACGGCGCGACGUUAAUAUCAAAUUAACGUAGCCGUUACAGUGUACUUGAGGGUA